AUGAGUGAUCGUGGUGUGGAGCGAAAUGAUCGCGUCCUCAAAUACAUCUUCCGUAUUCCGCGAUAUGUGACGCUUCCAGAACACGAGGCCAGUUACAGACUGACACUCUCGGAUGACCCAGAGUUUAUGGCAGUUUCGGAGAUAGAGGGCGACUGCGAGAAUCUUGCGGAGCGUAUUAUUGAGAAUCGUUUCGUCCUGAACGGAUUGAAUAGUGAGUUGCAAGAAGCAAGCGAUGUUAUUGAAGUACUCUCAACUCUUGUUACGAAACUGGAGGGUGAAAACGGCAUAGAGACCCACUCAACUGAGUUCUCUUCAUCUGGCUGA